CAUGCGCACUCGGCGUUGUUGGAGCCUUGGUGUUGUUUGCGCACCGACGGUCAGAGUUUGUGUAAUAACGAGGAAACGCGCUUCCGGUUUGUUUUCCAUACCGAGUCUGUUUAUCGGUCAGAGUUUGUGUUGGCGAGGGGAAUAAGAUCAGUGUCUGAAACAGGUGGUUGUGUCUAAUGCUGUAGUGCGCGUUCUGUACCUGCCGCGCGGAUUUAUUGCCCCCCUCCUCCUCCUUCUCCUCCUCCUCCUGCCCUCCACCUGCCCUGAUUCCCCGGUGAGAAGCGCGAGAUGCCGUUGGGCCUGCGGAAGAAGAAGAAGUCGCGGGAGAGCACGAGCCUGGUGGAGAAUGAGGAGAUCGGUGGAAGUGGUGGAGCAGGAGGAAGCGUCGGAGGGCACACGGGAAAGAGCGCUGCGGUUAACGGAGGAGGAACCGGAGGUCUCGCGCCACCGCCUGCGAACCUGCGCCCCAAACUCGUGUUCCACACGCAGCUCGCGCACGGCAGCCCCACCGGCCGCAUCGAGGGCUUCAGUAACGUUAAAGAGCUGUACGCUAAAAUCGCAGAGGCUUUCAAUCUCAGCACGACCGAGAUCCUGUUUUGCACGCUGAACACACACAAAAUCGACAUGGAGAAGCUGCUCGGGGGUCAGAUCGGCCUGGAGGACUUCAUCUUCGCUCACGUGAAAGGCAUCAAAAAGGAGGUGGAGGUGUUCAAGGCGGAGGACGCGCUGGGCCUCACCAUCACGGACAACGGCGCCGGAUUCGCCUUCAUCAAGCGUAUAAAGGAGGGCAGCGUGGCAGACGGCGUGAAGGUGAUCUGUGUGGGUGACCAUAUCGAGUGCAUUAACGGGAAGAACAUCGUGGGGACGCGGCACUAUGAAGUCGCUCGCAUGCUUAAGGAUCUGCCCAAAAAUCAGACCUUCAAGCUCAAGCUGGUGGAACCCAUGAAGGCUUUUGAGAUGCUGGAGCCCAGAUCGAAAGGAUCCAAGCCUCAGGGGGAGAACCGGAUCGGGACGGGACGCGAGACUCUGAGACUCCGCUCCAAAGGACCGGCCACCGUGGAGGAAAUGCCCACAGAGUUUGAAGAGAAGGCGGUGAAAAAAGUGGACGACCUCCUGGAGAGCUACAUGGGCAUCCGGGACACGGAAUUAGCCGCCACGAUGGUGGAAGUCGGACGCGACAAGGUGAACCCGGACGAGUUCGCCGAGGCUCUAGACCAGGCUCUGGGAGACUUCGCCUUCCCCGACGAGUUCGUGUUCGACGUCUGGGGAGCCAUCGGAGACGCCAAGCAGGGACGCUUUUAGGAUAACGUUUAGAUUAAACAGCACGCGAUCAGUAGCAAGUGCUGUUUAUCACUGUGACCUUAGGAAGAAAACACACACACACACACUACAGCUCACUCGAAGUGUACUUAUUCACCUGGAUAGCAUUCCUUACCACUUUUGUAUCCGGUACAUUUUAUUAUAUCGUCUCCUGUUCGAUUCGACCCCGUUAGCUGUUUAUAUUUCGCGGUUACGAUGAAGGACACUUUUCCGUAAGGAUCAGUAAUAGCAUUUUAUUAGAACGAACGGAAUCGCGCUUUAAUUUGCGGGACUCGCUUAAUUUUUUUAAACAACCUCAGUUACAUCACCGAGGCCUGAAACAGGACGUAAACGAGGUUUACACACGCCUCAAAAUCAGGACAUGUGCCAUAGUCACGUGAUUCGACACGAAUUAGCGAUUCAGGGUACUUUUUUUUUUUUUUUAAAUAUUUUUGUAACCGUCUCCUCGGUUUAUUAGCUGGGACGCGCUUUAACACCAGCUCACGCCUGUACGUUUUUAGAUCGUUUUGUACGUGAAAAGAUUUAAGAGUCCACGUCUUGUCCCGAUGAAGGAUCACGUGAAGCUGUCUGGAUACGUGUUAAAGAUAUUUGUGGUUUAGCAUGGAAAAAUGUUCUAGUAACUUUAGACAAAGGGUGAUUUUUUUUUUUUUUUUUGUACAGAAUAUGAACAUUUAAUCAUCAUUUUAUAGCUGGAUAGAUUUAUAAUCUUUUAAUUUAUUUGUUCAAUAAAAUCAUUUAUAACA